AGCAGUUUUAUUGGUGGCUUUAAUAUGUGAACUCUACAACAAUGCAGAUUAUAAACAUGAUAUAAGUGUUUGGGUACAAUAAUUUUUAUUCUGCUUAAGAUCUAUGUGGGUUUAAUCUGCUUAAAAUGUCCUCCACUAACCAAACUCAGUUGAACACAACUUUUAAUCUGGAGCGUCAGGGAAUCCUAGGGGUGGCAUUUUCUUCCACUGUGACGACUUUGCCAUGCUGUGUGUUUCUUUUCAUCAAUGUGACAAUGUUGUACACCUUGAGGAGUAAAGAGGUGUUUCGAGAGACGUCUCGUUAUAUUCUGCUGUUUAACCUUCUGUUUUCAGACACCAUCCAGCUGGCACACAAUCAGUCGAUGUAUUUACUGCCUUCAUUUAGAGUAACUCUGCGGUAUUCUGUGUGUGUGGUUUUAGUUUCAUUUAACAGCCUCACACUCAGCGUUUCUGUUAUCACACUGGUGGUUUUGUGUCUAGAGAGAUACAUAGCUGUGUGCUUUCCNNNNAAGCACAGUGUGUUGAUCACCACAAAAAACACAGGAGUGGUUAUUUUGGUCAUUUGGUGUUUCAGUUCUCUUAGGGUCAUUGUCGCACUAAGUCUAAUUUUCAAAGUUUCUUUUGACAAUGUAAAGGAAAUGCAAAUGGUAGACUUCUGUGGUAAAGACAGUGUGUUUUCUGAUCCAGCCUCCGACAUUUUUAACAAAGCGUUCACCUAUUUUCUGUGUGUAUUAGGGGGUGUAGCUGUUGUUUUCUCCUAUACUGGUAUCGUUGUAGCAGCUCGUUCUGCCUCCACAGACAAAGCUUCAGCCAACAAGGUGCGAAGGACUCUGCUGCUGCAUCUGCUGCAGCUGGGCCUCACACUGUCCUCAACGAUACACAAUUCACUGCUCAUAGUUAUCUCAAAUAAUCUAGACAGGGUGCAAUCUGUGAACAUGCAGAUUGCUCUUUAUGUUUGUGUUAUUGUCCUUCCUAAAUGCCUGAGCUCCCUCAUAUACGGCCUCAGAGACCAGACAAUCAGACCUGUUCUUAUGUUGAAUCUCACCUGUCAGUGGAGAAGCUCAGCUUUCAUUUCCAACGUCCAAGCUAGAAAUAAAAUCAGAACACAUGUAACCUGACGG